AUGUCUCAUUUCGGACCUAUACCAAGGUACGAAACCAAUAUCAGGCGAGCGACAUUCGAGUCUGACUGUCUGGAGAACCUCUAUGCUAGCCAGCUCCUCGCCAUACUCGUCCUGACCUGUUCCAAAGCAGCCGUCGUUCUCCUAGUCCUAUCGCUGAAGCCAUUUGAGAAGAUCAAAUACGCAUGCAAUGUCGCGCUUGGUGCGAUUGGAGUAUGGGCAUUGGCGAGCUUGAUAGGGCUAGGGGUGCAAUGCAAGCAGCCCGAGCCGUGGCAUUUCAGCUCCGAGCGAUGCGCUCAUCAGCACGCUCUAUACAUCGGGCUGGCCAUUGUUCAUAUAAUUCUGGACAUGGCCGUGAUCGUUCUGCCGGUCACCCUUCUGUGGACUGUACGAAUGAUCCAGUGGAGACGAUACCAAAUCUCCGCGCUCUUCGCAAUUCGUCUUAUUGUUCCUGCGCUCACAAUUCCCGGCCUACUCUCUCUUCGCCCUGUCUUUAACGCGACACCACCGGAUCCAUCAUGGCACGCUCUCAUGCCUGCAAUCUGGCUCCAACUCGUUCUCAGUACUUCGAUCGUCUGCAACUGCAUCCCGCCGUUGAGGCGUGUUCUGGCUGACCUGCAAACGGGAAUGAUGGCCGGUACCGUGACCGAGUUCUUCGAGUAUUCAGUCUCAGGCGGACGCUCGAAUAUUACGGGUGAUAGAUCGGGAUCCAGAUCUGGUAGCCAGAUAGGCCCGAAGAAAUCACGAUCCCGACGCUCAAAGAGUCGAAAUAUAUUCCAAGGGAGCUCUGCUGUGCACAGCAUGGAUCGAAGGGAGAGCCAGAGGAACCUACGUGAGGAUGUGAUUUUGCAGACUAUAGACUACGAGGUCCAUUACGAUGGGAUCCGGCGGACUAGGACUUCUCCCAGCUGCGAGGAAGAAUCUUUUCGAAGCGAUGUUUGA